AUGGAGCGUGUUGGGCUGGAGGUGUUCAGGCUGCUGCUGGGCUGCUGGCUGCUGGCCGGUCCGGUACCGGCCCAGGUGCGGCACCCUCUGCCCGUGCUGUGGAUGAUGCCCGUGAGCUCGGGGGGGCAGAACCUGACCGCCGCCGUGGCCCCGGCUGUCCGACUGGCUCUGCAGGACCUGAAGAGACAAGAAGCUCCGCUGGGGAACUACGAGCUGCAGCUGCAGCUGCUCGACUCUCAGUGUGAUGCUGCUGAGUCACUCAAAGUUCUGUUUGACGCCAUGUGGGCGGGACCGAAGUACCUGCUGCUGCUGGGGGGCGUCUGUCCGUCAGUGACGGCGCUCAUCGCGCGCGCUCUGCCCUCGCUGCACCUGCUGCAGGUGUCCUUUGCGGCCUCGUCCCCCGGCCUGUCCAACAGGAAGUGGUUCGGGAACCUGUUCAGCACGGUGCCGUCGGACCGGGCUGUGAACCAGGCGGCCGUGAAGCUGCUGCAGCGCUACAGGUGGAGAAGGGUCGGUGUCCUCACACAGGACGGAGCUCGACUCUCUGAGAUGAACAAGGAUCUGAUGCGACAGCUCCUGAAGGCCGAUGUUCUCGUUGUUUCCACACAAAGUCUGUCUGAAGACGUCUGCAGCAGCCUGAGGAGGCUGAAGGAGAGAGACGUUCGGAUCAUCAUCGGACUGUUUGGAGACGAUUCUGCCGCCGACGUCUUCUGCUGUGCCCACAAGCUCCACAUGUUCGGGGCUCACUACCAGUGGCUGCUUGUAGCCGGAGGAGCGUCCGGGUGGAGGUCAGGGGGGCGGGCGUCCGGCUGCCCGGCCGAUGGUCUGCUGACGGCUGCGGACGGAUCCAUCCGGCUGCAGAGGAGAGAGCUCAGCGGCACGGACGCAGCCGGAGUCUCCGGACGGACUCCUCAGGACUACCUGCACUCCUACCUCACACAGCUGAGCCAGGAAGGGUCAAAGGUCAGCCCCCUCCACGCCUUCGCCUACGAUGCCGUGUGGGUCGCAGCCCGAGCUCUGAGUCAGGCGAUGGAGGCCGUGAAGCACCGGGAGAAGUACGGCAGCCCGAGGAACGUGAGCACCGGCGAGGAGGCUCAGAGGACGCUGCUGAAUGCCGUGAAGCAGACGCAGUUUGAAGGAGUCACAGGUCCAGUUUUCUUUCGAAACGGGGAGAGGAUGACGUCCAUCGAGCUGGUGCAGGUUCAAGGCAGCGGUGACGUGUUGGUGGGAGACUUCAGUACCUCCACCCAGCAGCUGCGACUGAUGAACCACCUGCUGAAGUUUAAAGGUGCAGCAGCAGCCAGAGACCAGACGCUGGUGCUGGAGCAGCGUCUCCACGUCGGCCUGCUGCAGUUCAGCAUUGUGUGCUCAGCUGCAGCCGUGACUAUCGUCAUCACACUGAGCAUCCUCCUAUUCAGCCUCAUCCACCGCAAACACUGUGAACCCCAGGAUGAGCUGCUGCUGCUGGGUCUGCUGCUCUCCUCCUCCUCGGUCCUGAUCUCCGGGCUGGACGGAGCCUCGCUGUCCCUCCGCACCUUUGAGACCCUCUGCUCCGUGCGUCUGUGGACUCUGUCUGUGGGACAGACUGUGGGCUUCGCUGUGCUCUUCACCAGGUCGUGGGGGGUUUAUUCUCGGUGCAGCAUCGAGCAGACGCAGCAGCAUCGUUUGCAGAGGGCCGGCUGCGUGCUGCUCUGGAUGCUCCUGCUGGAUGUGUUUGUUUUAACCACCUGGCAGAUCCUGGACCCUCUCAGACGGGCGGUGCUGCAGCACGGAGAACAGAGGGACUCCGCUGAUCAGCUGGUCGUGCGGUUGUACUCUGAGCAGUGCAGCAGCAGUUACAUGGAGCUGUGGCUCACUGCAGUCUGUGGAUACAAAGCUCCUCUACUGGGUCUGGGGUGUUUUGUGUCCUGGAGCAUCAGGUCUGUGCAGCUGGAUCCUCCUGCAGUCAGCAAUAAGCUCCUGACGCUCAGCGUGUUCUCUGUGACGCUGUUCAGUGUUGCAGGAGCUGCAGGAUCCCUGCUGACCUCCCACAAUCCUCCUCUUCACUUCUGUCUGACCAGUGCCCUCAUCCUCUGCUGUAACAUCUUCACCCUGAGCUGCAUGUUCGGACCAAAGUUCUUGUACAUGUGUCUGAAUGGCAGCAAGCUGCAGCAGGAGUUGGAGAUGCAGCAGGAGUCGGAGCUGCCGCAGGAGUCGGAGCUGCAGCAGGAGUCGGAGCUGCAGCAGGAGUCGGAGCUGCAGCAGGAGUUUGAAGCUGCAGAGGGAGAAGACGAGGAGAAGAAGACGCUGAGCAGGUUAAACCAGCAGCUGAAGAGUCAAACUGCUCAGCUCGAUGUAGAAAUAGAAUCCAUCACGAUGCAACUCUCUGAAAUGUCUGAGUCACCUGAUCCUGAGCCGAAGCAUCACAUGUCCAGAGGACCAAGAAGCGGUAAAGUCCGGGCUGUGAGGUGGACUCACGCAGCUCAGGUCUGUUCUGAGGACAGAAACUCAGAGAGGAAACCUUCAAGUCUAGACAGCAUCAACUCUCCUGAGCACGUGCAGCGCCGUCUGUCCGUGCAGCUGCCGAUCCUCCAUCAUUCCUACCUGUCCGCCGUCGGAGGCGUCAGCGCCAGCAGCUCCAGUGUGUUCGGCAGCCGGGACAACUUCCUGUCCACCUGACGCCGCUCUACUCGACCAAUCAGACGGCAGCUGUGACUGACUGACCCGUAUUUAUUUUUGUAUUUAUUUUUAGAUAUGGGAUUAUAUUUGGGACUGUAAACGAACAGAAACAAGCCAGUGUUGUUUUGUUGUUUUAA